CAUCUUCUUCGUACACGUUACAACAGCCCCUUCCUUGAGGCAUGGGGUCCGCCUGCGCAGUGGAGCACCUGUUCAGCAUCCUGGUGCACAUCCCGGAGUGCCUGGAGCGGCGCGACGAGGGGCUGCCGUGCGACUUCCUGCGCCUCUACAUCCGGCGCUCGCACGCCUUCCUCUUCUCGUCUGAGCGCGCCGCCGCCUACAGCACGUGGCUGGGCGUGGCCAUCGUGGCGGCCAGCGAGCUGGGCACCUUCGCCUGGAACUUCAACGACGUCUUCGUCAUCGUGGUGAGCGGCGCGCUGGCCUCGCGCCUCGCCGCGCUCAACAGGCACGUCGCCUCCGUCGACCUGCAGGCGUGGACGCCGGCGCGCUGGGCCCAGCUCCGCCAUGCCUACGCCGCCAUGUCGGCCCUCGUCAAGAUGGUGGACACCCACAUUUGCAGCAUAGUGUUUCUCUCCUUCUUCAGCAACCUCUACUUCAUUUGCCUGCAGCUUCUUAACGGACUAUCGCCCAAGUCGUCGAGCGCGCUGGACUACCUGUACUUCUUCGGGUCGUUCGCCUACCUGGUGGGGCGCACGGUGGUGCUGACGCUGACGGCGGCGCGUGUGCACGACGAGAGCCGCCUGGCGCUGCCCACGCUCUACCAGUGCCCGGCCGCGGCCUACUGCCUCGAG